AUGGCAUUAGACAUUUCAAAGGAGCUAACGCUCCUUGUCGAACAAGCCGACAAUCUUCAUAAGAAAUUGAGGAGUUCCAUUCAACUACUUUCCAGCUUCCUCGACCUGGAGAGUGGCUACACGCUCCAAAACUUAUCAAGAGAAGCCCAAGAAGAAAACAUAAAAAUGGAGGAGAUUGCCACGCGAAGCAUGCAAGAUGAAGCUGCGGUUAAGUUGUUGACCAUCAUUAUGCUUGUGUAUCUCCCGGCGACUAUUGUCCUGAAUUUCUUCUCUACAGAAUUCAUCACGAAGACGCGAUUGCCGGACGGCUCGGCCAUCACCUCGGUCGACCAUGAUUGGACCAUCGUGCUUGUUAUUUCGGUUCCCUUGACGGCGGGAACGUUGGGAAUUUGGUGGCUUUGGACACAAGUGCAGUCUGGGGCACUGCAGAACAGGUGGGCAAGAGUAAGGCAGUGGGCAAAUGAGAAAAAUUCCAAUGCUACUAGUGCAUGUGCAUGUUGA